GGAUUCAUCCUCCGCGGGCAGGAGGCUGGCUGGUCUCCCGUGCCGGCCCGGGUGCGGGGAGCGAGCCCGGGGCCAUGGAGCGCUGGAAGGGCAGAGUCGCGCUGGUGACCGGCGCCUCGGUGGGCAUCGGGGCGGCGGUGGCCCGGGCUCUGGUGCAGCGGGGCAUGAAGGUGGUGGGCUGCGCCCGGAGCGUGGACAAGAUAGAGAAAUUGGCAGCAGAAUGCCAGAGUGCGGGAUACCCUGGCAUCCUAAUUCCCUAUAAGUGCGAUCUGUCCAAUGAAGAGGAGAUCCUAUCUAUGUUCUCUGCAAUCAAGACUCUACAUCAAGGGGUUGAUGUGUGCAUCAACAAUGCUGGCUUGGCUCGCCCCGAGCCCCUGCUGUCUGGGAAAACGGAGGGUUGGAGGAUGAUGAUAGAUGUAAACGUUAUGGCCGUAAGUAUCUGCACCCGGGAGGUCUAUCGGUCCAUGAAGGAGAGAAACAUUGAUGAUGGCCACAUUAUUAACAUUAACAGCAUGAACGGUCACAGUGUCGUACCCCAGUCAGUUGUUCAUUUUUACAGUGCCACCAAGUACGCGGUUACAGCAUUGACGGAGGGGCUAAGACAAGAACUUAGGGAAGCCAAGACUCAUAUACGAGCUACAUGUAUAUCUCCAGGACUGGUGGAAACUGGAUUUGCUUUUAAACUUCACGAUAAUGAUCCAGAAAGAGCUGCUGCAACCUACGAGAGCAUUAGGUGUCUAAAAGCUGAAGAUAUGGCCAAUGCUGUCAUAUAUGUACUAAGCGCUCCACCUCAUGUACAGAUCGGAGAUAUUCAGAUGAGGCCUACAGAGCAGAUUUCAUAGCAAAUGAAGAGGAAUGCAAGCAGCACCAUGCAUCAAUCCCCCUUCACACCCUCCAGCAGUUUAGGGUUUCAUCUGCUGGUUGACAACAUUUUAAUUGGAUGCCAAGGAUCGCAUUUGAAGAAUUAAUUUUCAUUUUCUCUCUCUGAGCUGGUGCUGAGCCAGUAAAAAAAAUUACUAUUGGUCUUGGGUAUCUCUCCCCCUCACUGUUACUGUAAAUGUAAUUUGAAAACACUGCAGGGAAGCAAAUCAGUGGAAUACUGUAUAUGAUUGGUUUGGGUUUUUAGUUUAGUUUGUUUGGGUCUUGUUUGCUGAUGCUCCAGACAGACACAGGUGAAGCGUCAUGAGAUAUUUGCCAACUUCAAAGCAUCACUUGGUUGCUGAUUCCUUUCUGCUGUUGUGCAUUCUUUGAAUUGUUGCAAUGAAUUAAAUGGCACAUGACCUGUCACUUUCUUCUCUGUUUUUUAAGUAUUAUUGUUGGAGGUGUCCCAACUACUUCAUUUGGCAGAUGUGAUUUCCACCUCCUCCCUGUUCAGCUGUGACAUACUAAUGCAUUGGAAGGAGAUUUCCUUUGUACUUAGAACAAAGGAUUUGUCUUAAUACCAGUCCUCUCUUCUAAAGUCAAAACAAUAGACAAGACAUCCGCUGUCCACCUUUUUCAACAUACAUAAUGCUUCAGAUUUUUGGUGUAUAUUGUGUAUCAGUCAAUCUAAUUUCUGUUCCUCUUGCAUCUAUUCAAAGCUAAUUUUCCUUGUCAGUAAUGGCGCAUGUGACUCCCCUUCCCCAUUGUAUCCCACAGUGCCAGAAGAAGUGUAAAGAAUACUCCUUUCCUGUUUACAUGAAUUGUGCCUGACAGAUCCGAAGAAGUAUCUCUGUGUGAUUGCCGUUUCUCUCUCUUUCUAGAUAGGUAGAUAGAUGGAGGGAUACGCACCUGAAUUUCCACAGGUUAGGGAAUGACGAUCUAACGUAUAAGUGGCAUAGUUAAAGUAUGAGUGAGUUGUUUGGUCUUUUUAAUAAAAGUAAGAUAAAAUUGUG